GGUGGGUUUAAACCCGUAUAAACCCAUGAUGCUUUGUGGGAUUCGGGUACUUCCGCCGAUAUCUGUCCCAAAUCCCAGGAGGGAGCCAUGCAAUGCUAACAAGGCCGCUUCACCCCCGGUAGAGCCUCCCGGCGUCAAUUGAGGUUACGCGGGUUAACCGUCAGGCCCCAGAGAGGAUUUUCGGUUUCAGCCCACUUUCACCAAGGUCAGCUCAUGGAAAGCUCCAGCCAAAUUCAUUUGAAUAGACAGACCAUGAUACUCUGGGGCAAGUUCGUCUUUGCCAAUAUGAUAGCUCCCAUAUCCCUCAGCAUCUGUACUAGAACUGCAUCCUCUGUAGCGGGAGCAGACGAACGCCCUACAUAUCCCAAGGUGGUAUCUACACCUCUAAUGUUGAAUUGAUCUUUCAACGUGACUGGAACACCGUGAAGUGGACCUUUGAGAUGACCAGUUUCUUGGAAUAUAUUAUCCAGUGCUCGAGCCUGGGCCAAAGCAUCUUCAAAAACCACUUCUGUAAUGCAAUUUGUCCCACUAGUUGGUGUGCUAUUACGGCCCUGCAAAGGUGAGAUUAAUCCAUUUUAUCCGUGUAAUUGGAAAUAAAUAGAUAAGUCAAAGGGACCCAGCAAUCACCUUCCGAUAUAAGCGAGAACCACAUUUUCGGCAGUGAAUCUCCCUUUCCUCAACUGUUCGACUAAAGUAGAAACAUUGUUGAUAUCCGCGAUUUCUUGGGCUUCCGGGUUGCUAUGGAUACGCGAACAUUCCUGGAAGCCGCUGAUCCACAUCAGAGACCAUAUAUGGUUUUAGGGUUUCGUUCCGCAUGGAUUUUUUUCGGAAAGCAGUUUGCUCCCAUGAUGGAGGGAUAUUCAUUAUGCACAGGAGUGGUGUAUUAGACUAUGGAGAUGGAUGCACUGGAGAUCUGUAUCGCUAAAUAACCGCCGAAACAAG